CAACACACUUUGCCAUUGAUAGUAUAGUUAAAAACUUUCAGAUCAAAAAUAACAAAAAUGUACAAGUGUUUAGUAAUUUCUCUUAUCGUAUUUUUAAUUUUUGCAAAUUCAGAUUCAUAUAAACCUUUAUUUUUACCAAAUUUACCGUUUGGUGAAUACCGAAUAAAUUACUUAGGACUAGUGCGUUGUGUUUCUAUCCCUAAUAAAAUUGCAUUUAAUUUAUACCUAAGCAAAAAGACUGCUAACACCACUGAAAUCAAAGGAAAUAUAACAAAUUACAUUCCAUUUGAUGAUUCUUUUAAUUUUGAAUUCAAUAUGGCGAUAAAAGAUUCUAUUGGUGGCUGGAAGGACAACGCUCUUUUGUAUAAGCGACCCAAAGCUUGCUCGUCGCUCAAAAUGUUCUUGGGAAAUGUUUGGGCCCCAAUAAUGGAAUCUGCAGGAAUCCUCAAUGCUACAUGUCCUAUUCCCGUGGGUUUUUAUAAAGUAUCUGGAAUAGAUACAGCUAAUUUCGCUUCAUCUAAUGUUCCCAAAACAUUUUUCUACGGAGUAUACAAAUUUCGUUUUUUUUUUACAAAAAAACAAGAAGUUUAUGGCUGUUUUAUUCUAAUUAUAGAGCUAAAGAGAUCAUGGGAAACUGAUUAAAUAUUAAACUAUAAUUAAACAACAAUAACAUAUUUUAAUUUAAUCCCUUUUUUUGCA